CCCCAGUCAAUAAAGGCCGGGCCAGGCCAGACUGGUAUCUGCUACCUCUGUUGUCCAGCGAUUGAUCCAGUACCCCCACGGCCUCGCCAUGAGGCUCAUCCUGUCGCUUCCGGUCCUGGUGGUGGUUCUGGCGAUGGUUUCAGAAGCUGCAACCCAGUCGGACCCAGACCUCUCCAGCAGCAUCCCGAGCAAACUGAAGGAGUUGGGCAGUGCCCUGGAGGAGAAGGUCCGGGCAGCCAUUGAACACAUCAAACAGAGUGACUUUCCUACAAAGACCAGGAACUGGUUUUCAGAGACAUACAGCAAAGUAAAGGAAAAAUUCAAAACUACUUUCUCUUGAACACCGGGAAGGCUGCCCCUCUACUCUGCAACCGUGUCCUGGAAGGGGGCUCUGAAAUUUCCCACAUCCUCGGUGCCUGUGCCAGGACUUCCUCCAUGAGGCCUCAUGUCUCCACCCCACCACCACCAAUAAAAAUCUUAUAGAGAA